CCUCCUGGGGGAAGCUUCUGUCUCUCCAAAGGGGCUGUAACAGGAGCGAAUGACCUUGGUAUUUCAUUGUUGGGUACUUGUUGAUUUCAGGCGCACCUUGGCUGCCCUCUGUCAACUUAUUUCAUCACCAAACAAAUUAUAUUUCUUUGUAGCUACUCUUGCAGGUAACAAUUCUCUGCCAGCACAGCGCGGCUGAGGCGAGUCGUCAGGUGUGCGCUGGGUGGGUGGGUGGGGGGCGUUAUGGCAUCUGUUGUUGACGCCUCCUCACUCUCUCACCGGGUCGGACAGGAGGACACAAGCCCAGCUGACGAGGAGAAUUAAGUGUUGCGUGCGAGGAGCAGCUUUCUAAUCUCUGAUCUCUUGGAUUAUUCCUCCGAUGGACGGGACUUAGCCCCCGUCCGUGGUUUUUUGGCCACUAUUUUACGCACACUGCGCGCCGACUUUGUGCGGCCAUACUUGCGCCCUUGGCCAUUUGCAUGAUGGAUUAAACACUCAUUAGUUUUAGCCUGGUUUUUGGUCUGUGCUCUCUGAACAAUUGUGAAUUAUUAAUGGACUCUCAUCAUGCUAAAUGAUGAUGAUGUUUUGGUCACUGGAGCGCGCAGCCGUACGUUGGAUUAAGAGCCACACACUUUCCACAGCUCUUGGACCUCGCACCUGUCUAUUCCCCUGAGACACUUUGACCUGUUUUCCUCCUAUUGACGCGCUGGGAUGGAGAGUGAGCUGAGACCCAGGCUCUGUUUCUUGACCAAAGGAGAGCGCGGCUAUGGGUUUCACCUGCACGGUGAACGGAAUAAAGGCGGACAGUUCAUCCGUAAAGUGGAGCCCGGCUCCUCUGCUGACCUGGCUGGGCUGAAACCAGGAGACCGGGUAGUGGAGGUGAACGGGGAGAAUGUGGAGAACGAAACGCACCAUCAAGUGGUGAAUCGUAUCAGAGAGGUGUCACACCGCACCAGGCUGCUGGUGGUGGACAGAGACACGGAUGACUUCCUCCGCAGCUGUGGCCUGGCCUGCACAGAGGAGCUGGCCAUCGAGAUGGGGACCCUCUCCCUGCGCCCCUCGCCCUUUCCCACCCCGUCCUCCUCUCCCAUACCCAGAGAGAACUCGCCCCUGUCGCCCAAACCCAACCACAUGCACUCAUUUCACCCUCCUGCCGCAGACUCGCCUGCUCACACUGCCGCACAAGACAAGGUCAAGAGGUCCUCAGUGACUUCAAGCACAGCAACUGAUGCAGAGCUGCAGGUGGAGCCCUCACCAGAGCCAACAGUUGACCUCCUACCCCGACUAUGUCACCUGGUGAAAGGGGAGCACGGCUAUGGCUUCAACCUGCACAGCGAUAAAACGAAGCGUGGACAGUUUGUACGUUCUGUGGACCCCGGCUCAGCUGCUGAGAGCGCAGACAUCCGGCCCGGAGACAGACUAGUGGAGGUGAAUGGAGUGAACAUAGAGGGCCUGAGGCACUCAGAGGUGGUGGCCCUCAUAAGAGAAGGAGGGGGGGAGGUCCACCUCCUCAUGGUCGACCAGGCGACGGACGAGCUCUUCCACAGACUGGGGAUCACACCCACCACCAGCCAUGUCAAAGAGGUCUAUGUGGACGAAUCAGCCACAGAAAGUGCCCCACCCACCCCUUCUCCUACCACUGAACUCCCCACCACAGAUCCACCGAUCAUAAAUGUCACGCUGACAGACUCCCCGAUCACAAAGAUGUCUCCAAAACCUCGCGCUAAUGGGAGCUCAGCGUCCCAGUCUUCUAGAAGUUCCACCACCCAGUCAGAAAUCAGCAGCUCAGACAUGAGCAUCCAGGUUCCUGAUGAGGACGACAGGCGUGUUUCAGACCCUUUCAUGGACAGUGGCCUGCGUCUGAGUCCUACAGCUGCUGAGGCUAAACAGAAGGCCCUCGCCGGCCGCAGAAAGAAGAGAGCGCCCCCCAUGGACUGGAGCAAGAAACAAGAGAUCUUUAGCAACUUCUGACCCAAGAAUGCAUGGAGAACAAAACAGAAGGAGCACAAGAAUGGCAUAGAGUGAGGAAUGAUAUUAUGAUUCCUCACUGUUGAUACUGUAAUCAAAAGUACAAUACCUCCAUCUUGCAGAGGCAAAGGAAAGAGUGAUGAGAGUCUGGUAGUAACUUUAUAGUGAUCUUAAAUUCUGUUCUGUGUAAUAACAUAUUGCAAUAGAUCAAAUAGUAUUCUCUAGACACUCACUUUACAGUAUCUGUAAGGACAAGAACAUGUGUGGAUCUGUAACCUUCACAACAGACUGUGCAGAGCAACGGCAUUAAUGACUGGCAGACCAUCAGCUGAGAGACUUGUCAGUUGAAAUGGUCAAUAUACAGUGUUUCUCCUUAUUAAAGCAUAGUCAUUUCUGAGCCAUGAGUAGUGAUUAGGAGUCCACAGCCUCUAUGCACUCUUGCUUGAGGAUCAGUGAUUAUUAUCAGCAUUUGGCCAUAUAUGCUGUAGAUAUGCUUUUCCUGCUGUAACUUCUGUAGUUUUUUUUUUUUUUUUUAAAGUAAGAGUUUCAUGUCUUUUCAGUUUACCAUGAGCUCAUCAACCUGCAGUAGUUGUCUCAAUAUUAAUGUUUUGUAAUGUAGCAUACACCUUGAACUGUAAAUACAGAUGAUACGGGAGAGGCUAAGUUAUGAUGUUUGUUUGAUCACCUCAGUGCUUCUCAUAAAGGUCAGUGAUCUCUGAAAAUAUUUAAAAGGCAAAUUGUUGACUAGAUAGAAAGAACUGUGCACCUUCCUCUGAUCACUUCUUGUAGCUUUUUGAGGAUUUUUUCUCUCAAAUGUGCUUGAUGGUUGAAAUGUGAAAUAAACUUUCAGAAUAUGUGUAAA